UACAAGGCCCUGCAUAUAAGAGGUAUAUAAACCACCAAAUCAUAGGCAGAAGCGAUCCAAAAUUCAGGAAGAACCGGAUACCAGCAGAAAUGUCUUACAAUUGGCUCAUUUUGUCUCUGAGUCUUACAGUGUUUACUGUACAGAUCUCUCAAGGUUACGUCACAGUUGAAACAGUUAAAGAAAAUGCCCAAAAAUUCCUGAAUGAAGCAAUCGCUGGCGCAGAUUCUGAUAAACCAAUUUUAUUUGCUGAAGAACCUGUUGCUAUCUUAGGCAACAUAUCGUCGGAAAUCUUGAAGAUGGAAUUGGCACCAAAGUUAAUGAUGUAUGAAUUUGACAAGAAAACCUAUUACACCUACGGAAACAUGGUACAGAGUCUCAGUACAGCAUACUUCGCAGUUCGUGAGAGCAACCUUGGAGUGAAACGUGGAGAUAAAUUUAUCAAGGAUAUUGAUGACUGGGAGUUCUCAACACCCCCUACAGAUAUUAAAAGAGAAGUUGGAUCUUGGAUCGAAAAACUGAUAGGAAAGGAGUUUGCAGAAUUAUUUUCUCUUGAUUCCAAACACAAUGACGUUUUCUUAAAAUACGUUAGUAAAUCGCUCACCUCAAUGAACAAAAAAUGCCGACGCCUGAACCCGGACGUGAAAACGAGGGGCCUUGUCAAUAUCCCUAUCGUAGUAUACCCAACCUUAAAAGAUGAAAAUUUCCAUCUUUAUCGUAUUCUUAUCGAUGACUGGGUUAGCUGUAAUUUAGUAAACAACGAGGGUGGGUUAACUGGCGACUUUCAAAAAUCCACAUUUGCACCCCGUAAGGAUAUUAUACCAUUUAUAAAACAAGGUAUGAGGGAUACACUUGAGAAGCUGGUGAACGAUAAAUUUACAGCAAUGCAUUGAAAAUAUUUUUUGCUCAAUAAUUUUGGAAAUAUAUAACAACACUGUAAAUGAAUAAAUAAAAUCAUUUCUUUCGUC